UGCAUAAUCUUGCUUUCUUCUCCUCUUAACUUUGCUCCCAUUUUCCAUUGAACUCAGUUUUUCCCAUUUUGAUCCCAAUCUUGGCCUUAUUGGCGAUGCCAAGAUUACUAAAAAUGGUUCAUUUGUGCAGCUCACUGAUCCAUCAAAGUCUUCUCCUAGUACUGGAUUUCUCUUCCAGAAAAUACCCUUCACUUUUCUUGAUUCCACUUCUUUUUCCACUGACUUCUCAUUCUCCAAUGGUGAUGAUCUAUCCUUGUAAUUGUUCCAAGAAAUGGGGUUUUCUUGAUGUUGAUCUUGAUACUUUUACCAAUCAUGUUGUUGUGAAUGUGGGAAGUCUUGUUUCAAGAAACAAGAACUUGGGGUUGAAUAGUAGUGGCAAAAAGUUGCAAUCUUGGGUUGAUUAUGAUUGUACUUCAAAGAGAUUAGAGGUAAGGGUAAGUGAAUUAGGUGGUACUAGGCCAUAUGGUCCAUUGUUAGUUUAUAAUGUUGAUUUGGGUAAUAUGUGGAAAGGACAACAAGUCUUGGUGGGAUUAACAUCUAAUGGAAGUUCAUUAGAAGGUACAAGUGUUUAUUCAUGGAAGUUUAGUGUGAGGAGUGUUCCAAAGUGGUUACAUUCUCAACCUGUGGAUCCAAAUAAGAUGGCGAACCGAAAAAGAUUUCGUCUUUUUCCGUCUUGCUUGAUUUUUGUGACAGGAUGUUUAGCACUGGCUUCCUUAGUUGGGCUGUUUUUAUGGGUCAUAUUUAGUAUUAAUAAUACAGAGGUUGUAAUCCCAGCAAAGAGAGAUUUCAGGUACGAAAAGGUGGCCAAUGUGGUUGUUGAGGAGGAUGGUUCAGGCCAUGUUAAAAACUAAAUCAUUUGUUUAUCUAGUACUAGUAUAUGUUUUGUUGUAUAAUGAACUUUCUGUACCAUGUAUUUUACCCGUCUUUAGCCGAGGGGUAAGGUCUGCGGACAUCUUACCCUUCCCAGACCCCACUUGUGGGAUUAUGCUGGGAAUGUUAUUGUUGUUGUAUUUUACCCUCCUUACUGAGGAUUCGGUACCUUGUAUGUAACUUUGUAUGGUGAUCUUGUCGACCUGUU